UCUAUCUUCUUCCUCUUCCUCUUCUCUCAGAUCACUUGAAGCUCUAGCUCGAUUUCUCAUCAUCCACCAUGAACUCACAAGCUUGUCUUCUUCUUCAGAAACAGCUUAAAGAUCUUUGUAAGCAUCCUGUUGAUGGAUUCUCUGCUGGUUUAGUUGAUGAGAAGAAUAUAUUCGAAUGGAGCGUUACCAUUAUUGGACCUCCUGAAACUCUCUAUGAAGGAGGAUUUUUCUAUGCCAUUAUGUCAUUCCCACAAAACUAUCCUAAUAGCCCACCUACGGUGCGGUUUACUUCAGAUAUUUGGCAUCCUAAUGUUUAUCCCGAUGGUCGUGUUUGUAUAUCUAUUUUACAUCCUCCUGGUGAUGAUCCGAGCGGGUAUGAGCUUGCAAGUGAGCGUUGGACGCCUGUUCACACAGUUGAGAGUAUCAUGUUGAGUAUCAUAUCGAUGCUCUCUGGUCCAAACGAUGAAUCUCCUGCGAACGUUGAAGCUGCUAAAGAAUGGAGAGAGAAGAGAGACGAGUUUAAGAAGAAAGUGAGCCGUUGUGUGAGAAAGUCUCAAGAAAUGUUUUGAUCAUACAAACACUUUCACACUUCAACUCCACCUUCUAUGGAGUUCAAAAGCUCAUUCAUCUUAUCGACAAAAAUCCCUUUUAAAAAACUGUCCAAACACUACUUGUAAUAAACCCGUCUUGCAUCU